UUUUAGAGAGAGAGAGGUCGAGAGAGAGAGAGAGAGAGAGAGAGAGAGUGAAAGAGUGGAAAAGGGGUUGUUGUCCACCAUGAACACUUGUCUCUCGUCCUCGUCUCUCUGAGUGAGCCCUUCGUGUUAAUCUCUCUACGUUGGUAGUCUUAGAGAGAGAGAGUACUAGAGAGAGAAAGAGAAAGAGGGAUUCCAGAUGCUCUGCAAAUGGGGAAAAUCGAAGAGCAAAGUCUGCAUCAACAGCAGAGCCAUGAGGAAGCUUGGAAUCGAGAUUCUUCGGGACUUAUCUGCGAGGGAUGUUCGAUGGUUCUCACCAGAAUUGCCCAAGACUUUAGCCUCCGAUGCAUCAUCGUUUUGCUGUUGAGUUUGUCCAUGUUCGUCUCUGGAAUCUUCUGGAUCCUUCCUCAUCGCCAAAUGAAGUCCGGGUUCGAUGCCCAACAAGCAAUUAAACUAAGUGCCCCUGUACAAGCAUACUUCGUUUUGGAAAAGCCUGUUUCGCAGCUUGUUCCUCUCAUUGGUAGAUUAGAAUAUGACAUUACUGCAGAAAUAGGCGUCCCUGAUACAAAGGUUGCUGUUCUAUCAAUGCACCAAUCAGGUGCUCCUAACUCGACUGCUGUGGCGUUUGGUGCUCUUCCAGAUCCAAUAAAUGCUCGAAUAAGUCCGGUGUCCUUAAGUGUGCUUCGAUCAUCUUUGAUUGAGGUGUUUCUUCAAACAACCAACCUUACCCUAACAACAUCAACUUUUGGGCAUCCAUCUAGGUUUGAGAUUCUCAAGUUUCAAGGAGGAAUCACUGUAAUUCCCGUGCAACCUGCUUCAAUCUGGCAGAUGCCUCAGAUUCUAUUUAAUUUUACUCUCAACAACUCCAUUUCAGAAAUAUUAGAUAAUAUUGUUGAGUUAAAAGAUCAGUUGAAGUUUGGCCUGCACCUAAGACCUUAUGAGAAUGUGUAUGUGCAAAUAACAAACACAAUUGGUUCAACAACAGCUGCUACUGUUGUUAUUCAGGCAUCAGUCGUCUUGCCUGAUUUUGGGAACCUCCAGCCUCCGAGAUUAAAGCAGUUGGCUGUAACACUUACAAGCUCUCCUGCAAGAAAUCUCGGCCUCAAUAACUCAGUCUUUGGUAGUGUUAAAAGUAUUAGUUUGUCUUCUUAUCUAAAAGGUACUCUUUCUUCAAUACCUCCAAGUCCUUCUCCAGCUCCAGCACCAGGACCAAGUGAUUAUGCUGGAUCAUCGUUUCCACUGGACCCUGCUCCAACUUCUUCUCCAGCACCCUCACCUUACAUUCUUGAUCCAUCACCGUGUUCUGACUGUGAUGCUUCUACUCCAGCACCGUCUUUUGUAGUUCCGCAGUCUCCCCAGCCUUGUUCGAACCAUGAUUCUGACAUUUCUCCAAGCUCCUCGCCAACUUCCCCUUCGAACCCGAUUGCUCCUCCAGCUAUUACUCCUGCUGCUCCUCCCCACUCACGGCCUAUGGGUCCCAAAUCUCAUCUAUCUCCAGAUGUUUCACCUGUACCUCAACCGUCUCAUGCUUCAAAUAAGGGAAACACAAAAGCCUUGGAGUCUCCGUCGUUUGCUCCAUCCCCAUCAUCUUCAGCAGUAGUCUCUUUGUACGAGGAAAUCUGGGCGUUAGGACUGUCAGCACUAAUAAUCUUUUAUCUCCUUUGUUGAUUUCGCAUUAUACGCCGGCUUCGCUAUACAAACCUCAAGCAGAGUUCCAAAGACAUAGAAACAAAAUACAAGUUGUUCUCAUCUCCAGUUUUGUUUUGGUGGAUGAAGUUAGAUUGGUCCCCUUGAAAAGUUUGACAGGUUUAUCACCCUUCAGCUGAGAAGAAUCACGUGAAGGUGAUAUCAGGAGAUAAAUUAUGGGUCAAAGCCAGAAGGUGGCAGGCCUCUCAUCUUGCUUCUACAUUUUCUGAUGUCACAAGAAAACAACGGACACUUUCUUCCCGGUUGAAGACCCGGAAACUAUGCAGGUUUUGCAAUUAUCAGAUUGCAGAAUUCAAAAAGAACCUCUUUUCUGUAUUAACUCAAGUGUAAAAAUUUGCAGGUUCUUUUUGAGCUCUGCAAUGCUGGCAAAGUCUCCAAAAAAGAAAAAAAAAAAAAGAAAAAAAAAGGAGGUUUUGCUAAACGGAAUAGGUUUAGUGUUACAUGAAGAUUAACAUACAGGAUCAUAUGAAUAUAAAAUGUCGAAUUGUUAAUAGUUCAUUGUUCAUACCUGUCCGUUAUUUCUUUUUGAGCUUCUAAAAUUCAUUGGAUCAAUGCCACACUGAGUGUUAGCUUUCUUCUGUUGGUGAGGAAAAAUGGAGAAUGGAAACAAAUUUUUGGC